AUGGGGAGUUUUUGGUUAGGAAGAUUAUCAGGAAAAAAUCAAAGCCAAUCAGUCGAGCAAAAAGAUAAUCAACCGCCAAGAUAUAAUUCUCCGAAGCCAAAUUCCUCUCCUGACCCACUUUUUCCUUCCGACCAAAAUAAACUAACUUUUAAUUGUUCUUAUUUUGCCGAACUAGGCAAAAGUUAUAUUUAUGCAGUUCACAAUAGUAAUAAAACUAUUUUGAUUGAUAAAAAAACUCACUUUAUUCUGAAUGAUAAUUUUGCUGUGAUGAUUAAAGUCCUAAAUCCAACCAACCCAGGAAGCAGAAGCGAAAAAAAACUUGCUUAUAUCGGUGAGGGUGAAGGUAAUAAUUUUGUUUUUAGUAAUACUGUGUAUUUUGAUGAAACAACACCAGAGGAUUUUGCGGUUCUGUUUAUUAGCAAAAAUCAUCCCCAAACUAAAAAAUUAUUAAGUCAAGGAAAAGUACAAAUAGGGAAAAAUUUUAUUAUUCGCUAUGGCACACCAAAUUGA